CAGUGCUUGAAAAAAUCCCCAAGAAAUAGCCAAGUCGAAUCCAGAUAUACAUUCCCAAUAUUUCCCAACAUAAACUAAAAAUGGAACGUAGAACUGGGUGAAGGGACAAUCCCCCGAGAUUUCGAGAGCUCCUCGAUUCGGGUACAUAACGAUAAUAGGUGCACAUUCUUCUGCACAUACAUCCCAGGCAUUUACUGACACACCUGGACAACGUGAAACCAACCGGGAACAACGCGGAGAAUUCACGGAUAUAUAUUAGACAUCAGCUCGUGACGUGCAUCCAAGAAUGCAACGACGCAAGUACAACAGUUGUUCGUGAUGUCUUGCUACUACUGCUGCAGUUGCUGCUACGAGAACGAGGAAGACCAAGUAAUCGGUGAAUUCAGGGGUACAGGGACCAGAGUACCGUACAGUAGCAGUGGUGGCAGUGGUAACAGUCUGGCCAUUGCAUCUGGAAUCUCAGCCCUUUUAUCACUCGUGAUCGUUUCGAUUGCUAUUGGUACGGGUGAGUGGCUCUUAACCGAGGAAAAGCUGCCGAAAGCUUUCUCAGCCAACAUUACCGCCGAGCCGGACAGUAAGGUGACUUACAGUGGCCUUUGGAGGGUCUGCGUUGCCACCACAUCACGUAUGCAGUACGAGUGCUCGAGUAUCGACUACUUUCCGAGUGAGGAGUACAGCCCAGAUCCCAGUGAUUCCACUAUGGCGAUACCAUACGCGGUAACAAAGUCCGCCAUCUUCUUCUUCGCAGCAACAGUACUUCUCGUUAUAGCUGAAGUUUGUUACUUCACUGCUCAUGUAUCUCGUCCUCGACAUCGUCUCUGCGUUUUUGUGGCCGGAGUGGUCUUCACUAUAUGCGGUCUUCUCAUGCUCGUUGGAAUGAUCAUGUACAUAUCGGUAUUUAAGGCGGAAGUUGGAAGCAAACUGAGACCCAAAUCCUCCUUUCAGGGUCCCCCGUUCACCUACAGAUACGGUUUCUCAUUUCUAUUGUAUGUCAGCGGAUUUAUCACAACAGAAGUCGCUGGUACAUCCGCUAUAUUUCUUUACAUAUCGUGGCACCAGAGGGACUUCAACAGGCGAGAGGCUAAGCAGAAAAAUUGUGAUAAUGUCUACCACGUGGCCAAUCACGUGCGUCACCCGAACUUCCACCCCCACCACGCGCACGGAAGUUUUCUCUGCGAGAGACACCAGAAGCGUUACUUCUUCAGCCGAGACUCAGUGGAUCAAUUGGAUUUCGACGAAUUCCUCCCACCGCCCCCGAGUCUCGAUUAUCACGACUAUCCCGGACAAUUUCCCCGGGAUCUGACGACCCAGACGAUAAGCACAACAGCCGAUGUAAUUCAAGACGAAUGCAGCCCAGGACUCCCUCAGGAGUUCGUGACGUUCGAUCUGGACGCACCAUUUCCGCCUGGACCUCCAGUGAGGAAUAGCGAGUGGCCCCUGGAAGCGUUCAGACGAACAACUCCAGUCUGAUACAGCGUCAGGUACGCUAAGCUGGUUGAAAAUCCUGCGAGCGACUCAUCCGAGGCUUCCGAUAACGACGAGAUUAAUCACUAUCAAGUGGAAUACAAGGGGAUCCCUGAGGACGACACUUGUCCCAUAGUUUCCCUGUGAAAGCGACCUCUAUAUCAACUGCCAAUUUUUCAGAUAAUAAUCAAGUACCAACAUCCCCGGUACAAGCCCAAGGGAUGCACAAAGGAAAUAUCGCGUAAUUGCGUCGAUGAAAAUUCAGUUGUAAAUCCAUCAAAAGGGUGAAUUUCGUUGCUAUUCACUCAUCUCUUUUGAUCGAUUCACACCGAAAUGAGCGGGAAUUGGGACGAAACAAACACCCCUGACUCUGUUCCCAAUGUUAAUAACCGAAUGAAUUUACUUCCCAUCGAGUUAUGAAUAUUUUUGCACAGUCGAGUGUUUAUUCCGUCAGAUAGAUAGAUCAAUUUGUAAAUAAGCAGUAUUAAAAUCAAUAUCAAUUGACAGCACCUUUACAUGUGAUGAUUUAAGGCUGAUUUGUUCGAGUAAUCGAGGUGCUCGUUAAAAAACCUCUGCAAUUAAGUGUUCAAUGUUAAAAUUUUUGAAAUAUCUUUUUACCAUGUAAAUUCAAUUCGUUUAUUACACCACGAAAUUACAAUGAGAAUCUUCGUGAUUUAUAAUGUAUAUAAUAUUUUCGUUACAAUAAUUUAUAAUCAAUGAUACUCGUCUAGUGGGAGAAUUUUGUUCAAUGAAAAGCUAAUGUAAAUUUUUCUUCGAAUAGAAAAAUUAGAUUUACCAGAAUGAAUUUGUAAAUGAAGUAUACCAAUAAUUAUACA